AACAAUUGAAAAAAAUUAUUUAAUUUUAUUACCAAAUGAUUGUAUCAUAUGUAUUUAAAUAAAAUUUUACUAAUUUAAAUAUCAGCGAAUUUCAAUCAAUGAUAUAAUCUUAAGUUUUUUAAUUUAUUCAAUAAUAAUAAUUGAUGUUAUUUCUAAGUACUGUGCUUCAAAAAUUUGUAUGAUUUUCACUUUAAAAAAUUGAUCAAUAUUUCAAAAUGAAUAUUUCUAACCGAGUAAUAGUUACACCAUUAGGAGCUGGUCAAGAUGUUGGUCGUAGUUGUAUAUUAAUAACUCUUGCUCAUCGUAAUAUCAUGCUUGAUUGUGGAAUGCAUAUGGGCUACCAAGAUGAACGAAAAUUUCCUGAUUUUUCAUAUAUAACCACAGAUGGAAAUAUUACUGACAUUAUAGACUGUGUUAUUAUAUCACAUUUUCAUUUAGAUCACUGUGGGGCAUUGUCCUACCUCACUGAACAUCUUGGUUAUCAUGGACCUAUAUAUAUGACUCAUCCCACUAAAGCAAUUGCACCAAUCUUAUUAGAAGAUAUGCGUAAACAUUUAGUUGAAUAUGAAGAAGAAGCUAAGUAUUUUACCUCGAGUGCCAUAAGGGAUUGUAUGAAAAAAGUUACUGCUGUAAAUCUACAUGAAGUUGUUACAGUAAAAGAUGAUAUUGAGCUGAAAGCAUAUUAUGCAGGACAUGUUUUAGGAGCUGCUAUGUUUUACAUUAAAGUUGGAAAUGAUUCCGUUGUAUACACAGGAGAUUUUUCUAUGACUCCAGAUCGUCAUUUAGGAGCUGCUUGGAUCGAUAAAUGUAGACCAACAUUACUAAUAACUGAAUCAACAUAUGCAACAACUAUUAGGGAUUCUAAAAGGUGCAGGGAACGAGACUUUUUAAAAAAUGUUCAUGAAUGCAUAGAUCGUGGUGGAAAAGUCUUAAUACCAAUUUUUGCUUUGGGAAGAGCUCAAGAACUGUGUAUUCUUAUUGAUACAUAUUGGGAUCGUAUGGGUUUGAAAGUUCCUGUAUAUUUUGCAGCUGGGCUUACUGAAAAAGCAAAUAGCUACUAUAAAAUGUUUAUUACUUGGACAAACCAAAAAGUUCGACAAACAUUUGUUCAGCGUAACAUGUUUGAUUUCAAACAUAUUAAACCAUUUGAUAAAGGGUAUAUGCAUAAUCCAGGUCCAAUGGUUGUCUUUGCUACUCCUGGCAUGUUACAUGCAGGAUUAUCUUUAAAUAUAUUUAAAAAAUGGGCACCUGAUGAAAAGAAUAUGCUAAUUGUACCAGGAUAUUGUGUGUCAGGUACUGUAGGUAACAAAGUACUAAGUGGAGCAAAAAAAAUUGAAGUGGAACCAAAUAAAUUUAUAGAUGUAAAAAUGUCAGUUGAAUACUUAUCAUUUUCAGCUCAUGCAGAUGGAAAAGGUAUUAUACAACUUAUUAAAAAUUGUGAACCACAAAAUGUUUUAUUGGUUCAUGGAGAAGAAGAAAAGAUGAAAUUUUUAAGAGCAAAAAUAAUGCAAGAGUUUAAUAUAAACUGUUACAUGCCAGCUAAUGGAGAAACUGUAGAAAUUGAAACUGCAAAUGUCCACACAUUUAGUAUGAGUACAAAAUUAAUCAAAGAAAUACUUGAUGAUCACACUAAUAAUUUAGGAAAUGGAAAACGUUUAGUUCAUGGAGCCUUUCUUUUGAAAAAUGGAAUGACACAUUUAAAUGCAAUGAGUGUAAAAGAAACAUUUAAAGAAUUAGAUAUUCAACGUCAUACUCUAAGAUUCACAUGUGCAGUAGAAAUAAAAGAAUCAUCAUCAAUUCAAAAAACUAAACUAAAACUAUUCAGUAUGUUAGAAAACAAAUUUUCUUUAUUUAAAAAUAAAUUAACAAUGUCGGAUGGAUCUAUAUCAUUGGCAUCAAUAUUGGUAACUGUAGAAGAUGGCAAUGAUAACAAUAAUAAAAAAGUUGUUGUUUCAUGGACUAAUGAAGAUGAACCAUUAGGAAAUCGUGUCCUUGAAAUGUUGCAAGAAAUAAGUGAAUCUAACUUAUCUAAAAAAGAAGAACCUUCCUAAAACUCGGAGCUUGUAUAAGUCUUAAAUGAAAUAAAUCAUACCAUGUUUACUUAAUUAUUUUAAUUUUGUAUGUAUAUAAUUGUAUCAUAUGUUAUUAAAAAUACAUUUUUUUUUAAAGAUGUUGAUUUAAUUAAAUUUUUCUAUAAAAUAUUUAAAAACAAUUUAUUUCUUAUAAUUUUAUUUUUAAUUUUAAAUUAAUUUUUGCAUUUUUACUGCAGAAUUUUACUAUAUAUAAAUUAAAAAUCUUCUUUACUCAUAA